AUGACCGGCUAUGCCCCACGAAGCAGUCAAGAUUACAAUACCUUCUUCCAAAAUCCGCAUCUCGCCAUCUCGCAUUAUUCCAAUGGCGACGGCAUCAGCUACCUCUAUUCCCAUGGCCAAGUUCCGUAUCAGACUGUUAACACACCAUGUACAGCGUACUCAACCACGUAUGCACCCAGCCAAGGCAGUCUCUCGACUCCCAUGUAUAUGCCUUCUCUCUCUGGACUUCCCGGUCAAUAUCCCAUUACUAACAACAGAGUUCCUACGUUGCCUUCUCAGUCACGGCCACUCCUGCACCCGUCCUACUACACGACGUCUUCAUCGAACCAUCGUACGGCGGUUCCACAUCAACCACGCCUUAUUCCCCCGCGAGAACUAAACCAAAUGGAUGGUACCGAAAGCCAGGACUCUCCCAACGAGGAUACCAUGCUUUCUGAACCGGUGGUGCCUCCGUUGGAAGGUUAUCCCGAUGUGCAUAAGUUUGACGAAUUGAUCCAACGCUACGUUGAAGACCUUUCUCCCAAGAAACAAGACAAAGCUUUAAUUCAUGCACGAAGAGCUGCCAAUAUCAGACAGGUCCUCAUUGACAAGAAGACCACUUCCAUCGAGUCGGCUCAAUUUCGAUUCUGGGUCAAGAAAAUGUUCACACUACAGCCCACGGAUGGAAAAACACCGGAAAAGUUGAGACGAGUUUGUCACGAAGGCAAGCCAGUGGCCGUACGAGAAAAGCUGUUCAAAAUUCUCACAAAAGCACACAAACAGUGUCAACAUGGGGGUCGAGAUAAAACUUCGGCACAAGUCCGACGAAUGUAUUCAUGGGUACCGAAAGAACUCAUUUCGAGAUUCGUCAAAUUGUGUCCGACGUGCCAGGUGAGGAGAUGCACAAAUCGAAAUUCACCACGAGGAUCCGAAAGAAGCCCAGAAGAGCAUAGGGAUGCGCCGUCGCCCGAGACCAGUUCCACGGCCAAUUCACGAAAAAAUUCCGCCACAGCCAAUCAGCCGACAGUCAAUGGCAAUUCGCUCUUGCAAACCGCCCCAUGCAACUCAAGCGCGACCUUCCAACAGCAAAAUCGCUGGAUGACACCAUUGUCGUCUCAGCACGGAGAAGCAAGUCGUUCGGCCUCCAUGUCGACCGACAAUCAUAUCAGCACUCAUGAUUCAUACAAUACUAUUCCUCCCAUGCCAAUGAACUGUACCAAGGCCACACCACCCGGCGUGACUUUUUCAUCGCUCAAUCCAUUUGGAAAUGUCACGACAUCUUCAUCUACACAUGGUUCAGAUUCAAUCGGUCGUGGUCAUGUACCAACGGACCACGGUUACGGAACCCAAGUUGAGGCCCGAUAUCUCUAA